AUGCUUAAAAUAUUAUUAAACAGUUCUAACGGCGAACUAACCACUAUAUGGAAGGAGCUGGUAAAGAUAACGAAAUUUAAUUCGUUCACAGUUGAUGUAUUACACAAUUAUUUUACCAAAGAAAACAUUAUUGGAUAUGUUAAUCCAACUAUACCCACUUCUUCUUUGACAGAUGUCUGUAUAAUGGCACCUGGUAAUUCAUUCGGGUUUUUAGGUGGGGGGUUUGACAAAGGUAUCAAAGAUUUAUUUGACGAUAAUUUUUCUCCAAAGAUAAAUUUUGAAAAACUGUUUCGACAAGAAAUAUUAUCUCAAACAAAUAGAUCAUUUUCACCCCCAUUGAAUACUAUUUUAAUAGAUUUAAGAAAAUACAAAUUUAUGUUAGAUCAUACACAUUGGUAUAAAUAUAUAAUCCAUGUUCCAACAAUGAUCUCACCGGAAAAACCAGUUUUCCAUGAAGAUGCAAUUCUAGAUUCUGGAUAUAGAAUGGUUUUCAAUUGUUGCUGGGCUGGAUUAAACCAUAUACCAAAAGAUAUUGAUUUAUUGAUUAUGCCUGGAUUUGCAUCUGGAUAUUUUGGGGUACCACCUUUAGUAUGUGGUGUUAGUAUGAUUUUAGCCUUGAAAAUAUAUGAUCUAAUGAUGUCUUCGUUAUCUUCAAGCGAAAACAAUGAGUCUCUUGAUACCAAUAUUGGGAACUUAACAAUUGAUCAAAUUAACGUUUUAAUUUUAAAAAUAUUAAAUUAUGACCCUCUAACAUUUUAUGAUGAGGAAAUAUUACGAGCGGACUUAAAAUUGGCACCUAUGGAAAAUUUCGAUAUCACAAAUAUGGAACAUGUAUGCGAUUUCCUAUCGGCAAUUUAA